UAAAUUCAUAAUUCAUUUUCUCUGUGUUCUCAACUACAUUCUCUUUCUCUCUCACACACCAACUGUGUGUGUUCUUCAACUGCAUUUUCACUAUUAAAUUUGCAAUCCAGCUCAACUGUGUGGAGUAUUUGAUGUUCGUGUGUGCAUAAUUUAAUGCUACUGCAUUUCCAUUUCACACUUUUUCGCUUUAAAUGCUCUUGUUCAGCUCAAUUUCAAUUCUCAAUUUGAGAUCUGUUGCUGUUUGCGGUUUUGAAGAAGUUUCGAGAAGAAAAUGCCGGUGAAUAUUCGCCGGAUAUGUUUAUCGACGUUUUUUCCGGUGAAUUUCGGUUGUUUUAGGUAGUUUGAAGCUUUAAUGGCGACGACGGAGCUCAGUUUUUUUAUGCUAACUGCUUAAGAAGUGAAGUUUCUCGUGAUUUUGAGGUGAUAUGUUUUUUACACAAUUAGAGCUGUAGCAACCCAAGAUGUUCGGUGGAAAACUAAAUCAAGUUUGACAUGUGAGCUUUUUGUCAUGGAACGCUAUUCUGAUCAACUGGUCAAAUUAAUUUUCUUCAUAUUUUUCCUUCUUCCUCUUGCAUAUGCCGACUUGGACUCCGAUAAACAAUCUCUCCUUGCAUUUCUCAAUGCUGUACCACACGGUCCAAAGCUCAACUGGAGUAACGAUACUGCCAUCUGUACUUCUUGGGUCGGCAUCAAUUGUACUUCAGAUGAGACCCGCGUAUUUUCUCUUCGACUUCCUGCAGUCGGGCUUAAAGGCCCUAUACCAUCCAACACUAUUGGAAAUCUCGAUGCAUUACAAGUUCUAAGCCUUAGAUCAAAUGUCCUUAAUGGGAAUUUGCCGUCUGAUCUUCUUUCUCUCCCGUCCCUCCGUUAUUUGUUCCUUCAAAGAAAUAACUUCACUAGUCACAUUCCAGCUUCGUUUCCUCCCCGGUUAAUCGUUUUGGAUCUUUCGUUCAAUUCUUUUACCGGUAAUAUUCCAGUUUCAAUUCAGAACUUAACUCAGCUAACUGGAUUAAACCUCCAAAAUAACUCCCUAUCCGGGCCCGUACCAAACGUUACAUUCACGAGCCUAAAACGUUUAAACAUAAGCUACAAUCAUCUCAAUGGCUCGAUUCCGCCUUCCUUCCAAACGUUCCCGAGGUCGUCAUUUCUCGGGAACUCAUUUUCAUGCGGGCUGCCGUUGAAUCCGUGUUCACUCCCGCCCUUUCCUUCGCCACCUGUCGGCCCGAGAGAACACAGGUCGAAAAAGAAAUUCCCGUUGUGGGCCAUUAUCGCGAUUGCGGUUGGCGGUGGUAUGUUACUGCUAGUUUUACUUAUUAUUAUAAUUUUCUGCUGCGUGAAGAAAAAGAUUAGCGACCCGCAUCGUGUGACAAAAGCAAAAACUUCCACUAGUGGAAGGGGUGAAAAGCCGAGAGAAGAAUUCGGUAGUGGGGUUCAAGAACCCGAAAAAAACAAGCUGGUUUUCUUUGAAGGGUGUUCAUAUAACUUUGAUCUUGAGGACUUGUUACGGGCUUCUGCUGAGGUACUCGGAAAAGGUAGUUUUGGGACUGCGUAUAAAGCUGUUCUUGAAGAAUCGACAACUGUGGUUGUUAAACGGUUGAAAGAAGUAGUAGUCGGUAAGAAAGAGUUUGAGCAACAAAUGGAGAUCAUUGGGCGUGUUGGGCAGCAUCAAAACGUUGUCCCGCUUCGUGCUUAUUAUUAUUCGAAGGAUGAAAAGCUUCUUGUUUAUGAUUAUAUUUCAGCUGGUAGCUUGUUGACACUCCUUCACGGAAGCAGGGGCUCGGAAAGAACCGCGGUUGACUGGGAAACGAGGGUCAAAAUUGCCUUAGGAGCAGCAAGAGGCAUAGCGCAUAUCCAUUCAAUUGGAGGCCCAAAAUUCACUCAUGGAAACAUUAAAUCCUCAAAUGUCCUAAUCUCCCAAGACACAACCGGAUGUAUCUCAGACAUGGGGUUGGCCCCACUCAUGAACUUCCCGGCUCCUUCAUCCCGCCAUGCUGUCGGAUACCGGGCCCCGGAAGUCCUGGAAACCCGAAAGCACACUCAUAAAUCGGAUGUCUAUAGCUUCGGUGUACUCCUCCUUGAAAUGCUAACCGGAAAACAACCGAUUCAAUCUCCCGGGAGAGAAGACAUGGUGGACCUCCCGAGGUGGGUCCAGUCGGUGGUGCGUGAAGAAUGGACCGCUGAGGUUUUUGAUGUGGAGCUGAUGAAGAUUCAGAACAUCGAAGAGGAGAUGGUGCAGAUGUUACAAAUCGGGAUGGCUUGUGUGGCUCGUCUCCCGGAUAUGCGACCCACGAUGGAUGAAGUUGUUAGAAUGAUCGAAGAGGUACGGGUAUCUGACUCGGAGAAUCGGCCUUCUUCUGAUGAUAACAAGUCAAAUGUGCAGACCCCUUGAUUGAAAGUGUAAGUUUGUGAAGAAAGAAUAAAGCUAUUUGAUUGUGUUGAUUACCUUUUACCCACCCCCAUUUGAUGUGUACAUCCAUCAACUCAACUUGUGAGAAAGUUUGAAUUUGUUUGAUUUGGUUAUAUUUUUAGGAUUUUUUUUGUAGGCUUAUUUUUUUUCAGAAAACCUAACAAUGAGAUCUACAUCCACAUUGUUAACUUGUGGUUUGAACCAAUGAUGUCUAAACAUGGAUCUUUUUGGCCCGGA